CCACUCGAAGGAAUACACCAUAGACCGAAACACACCGACUUGGGUGGAGAGCCUCGCUCCAACAAGGACAAGGUCUCCCUUUCGAUGAUGUUCUGAAUGAUGAUUCAAAGUGUUCGCCCACCUCGCUGAAUGUUGAGCGUCCUGACUCCAACAUGCCAGCGCCCUUCUUCUCCACCUAGUCUUUGCCUUGACAAGUGUCGUAUAAAAAAAACCACGCAACCAGGCCAUCCGGUCAAAGGAGAGAGGCUGCAUGUUAUUUAGUCCUCUAUCUAGGCUACGAAUCUCACCACCAUUCUGGUUCGGCGGCGUCGUCAUCUGCGUCCUGGUGGCCAUUUCCGGCGCAGCCUAAUCGCUACCGCAACCGCCAUCUGUUGUCAGCCGCGACAUGGGAAGGCGCAAGUUACAAGUCAAGUUCUUCCAACUUGGCUUCAAGUGCUUGGUAAACCCUACUCGUUUAUUCCAACCCCUUUGAGCUCGUUCAUUUGCCACCGUCCUCACAUGAGGCCUACCUAGCGCCCUCAUUUUCAUUUUCAGCCCCCACCCACCAUUAGUCGCACGUUGGUGAGUAGGUCUUCACUGCCUCGCCGUGGCGGGCUCGACUGUGGGCCAGCAUGACCCAUCCAGCUCACUCCGCGACUUUUUUCAUGGGCUGGUGUUGGGAACGUUGAAUCAUACUUGCGGCCGUAGCCAGCCAGUACCAAGGCAUCCGAAAGCGUGCAUGCGACGGGGACUGAACACGCACGGGAGCGGCCGCCACACGCUGCGCGGGCCAAUCAGAACCCGCUAUCCCUCAGCCUCAGCCAUUGUGGCCAUGCACGCCAUAGUCGGCGGAGCAGUUCGCAGGUGAUGGCAUUACAAACGACGUAGCAGAAAAGCUUAGACCUUGGAGCUAUAAGGAAGAUAGCAAAAAAAGGCAAAUGAAACAUGUUUGCUUAACAAGAGAAAAAAACUAUAUAGCCUUGUACCUGUGUCACGCUGUCCCUUUCUUUUCUGUUUUGCCUUGCCAAACCGCACUACAAAUACUCCCUCAUCGCAUACUCAUCCUCAUCACUUCGAAGUAUCUAAACAACCCACUAUCAACUCAAGUUACCCAAAGCGGAUACAUCUUCAUCAAGUUUCCUUUAUCCCAACCCAACCAAUAACCAACCCUCAAACCUAAUACCCAUCCAAUCCUUAUUCUCACUGAACCCCCCCAAAAAAGAAGAAACAACAAGAAAUCCCACUACAAAAAAAAAGGCGAGAGAGCAAUGUCUUCAUUCCACUACCACUCAACCCGCUCCCGCUCCCGCUCCCGCGAUCCCAUCUACUCCUCCUCGUCCUCAGACUCCUACUACCACCCCACAACCUCAUCACGCACUCUAAUCCCACGCGCCCCGUCCAAACACCGCCACAAUCACCACCACUAUUCCUCCUCCAACGAUAACGCCAACGACCUCCUCUACGACGACUACCCCUACACCAACCGCGCGCUAACCCUCCACCGCCCCUCCCAUCAACCCUCCCAACUCGAAAAAUACAACGUCUGGCCCGAGUCCUACCGCCCCUCCCCAUCAUCGUCAAAGUAUCGUCGCUAUGACGCCAAUGAUGACGACGAUAUCGUGUACCGGUAUAAACACUCGACCUCGCGAUCGCACUCUCCCCCUCCCCUCCGUCGAUCCUCCUUCUUCUCCUCCUCCGAAGGAAAAGAUACUUAUAAAAUCAAGCUCGCGGCUAGUUUCUCGCGGCCGAAAUCCUCGCACGGUUUGACGUCAGUCUGGGGAGGUGGUGGUGGUGGCGGGGAGUCGUAUCGGCGGCGCGAGAAGUGGGAGGAUGAAGGGUGGGAGGAGAUGAGUAGGAGGAGGGGUGAUGAUCGUGGUAGUGGUGGGUGGUUUGGAGGAGGGAUGGGGGGAGGGGCGGAUGAGAAGACGGUGAGGUAUCGGAAGGUUAAGCGGACUAGGACGGAUGAGAUUAAGCCGCUGAGGGGGUGGAAGAGGGGGUUUUGA